AUGCAUAUAAAAGACAUGCAGACCCUUAUUUCCCGACUAGAAACACAGUUAAAAUCUGAAAAUGAAACGGUCGAAGAGUUAAAAUGUGAAAUCGACCGUGGCAGGGAUGCAUUCCAUAGGUUAAAACAGGAGUCAGAUGAGCUGAACCUCCGUUAUUGUAGACUGCAGAAAUCAAGCAGACAAAGCCAUACUGUAGUUGAUGUUGAGAGUGCCUUGUCUGACAAUGAGAAAUUCUUACAUACUCCAAUUCCCAAACCUCAAAAUAUAGACCUGCCACAGUCACAUGCUCUUAAAGCGAAACCCAUUCAAAACACUCCUAAUAAGCCACCAGAAGAUGAUAAUACCACUACACAGGCACGACACAAAGGGCCACCGAAGUAUCUCCCCACAAAAAGGAGUAUUAGGGUCCGAUCGCCUGUGCCAAGUGAGUAUGAUGAAAGUGAUCGGAGUGUGAUUGAUUAUGACAGUGACAUGGAGAGACGUGCGGCGUAUCCAUUACCACGCAGGCACGAGUCUUACCAUAAGGGGGAUGGAAGUGACAGGCGACAGUCAUAUUAUGAUGUGGGGGAUAACAACUCCUCAAGUAUUAUUAAGUUUCUAAACGUAACUGUACCUAAAUUUUGUAAGAAAGGAUCUGCUGAAAUUGCUGAACACUUAGACCUUUACCAGUCUACAAUGGAUUACCUAAAGUUGUAUUCUGAUGCUGACAGGAUCAGGUUCUUACCAUGGGUAUUUGAGAACAAAAAUUAUCACUAUUUUACUUCCUUUAGAGAAAGGGGGAUCCAGCGUUGGCAGGAUGUUUCGCAUGAGGUAAAAUUAGAAUUUGGCCCUUUUCGUGCUAUUAAUGCUGAAAAACGGGAUAUUUAUAAACUUACAUGUAAAGCCAAUCAAAGUCCCCGGGAAUUCCUCUCCCUCCUUAAAAACGCUUAUGGUUUAGCAUACCGGUCCCCAAAUUGGGAGUCUGGGGAAUUCAAACAAUUGUUUUAUGAUGCCAUGCCGAUGCAAAUCAAGUUUAGCUUAGCCAGGGAUCUUGAUCUUAAUGCUCCCUUGGACAGGCUGGUGACGGCUGCUACUACACUGUACAACAUCAGUGAGUGCCAUGCCAUAGGUGAUAAAAGAUACGGAAGGUCCCCAGAACAGCGCGUAGCAGAGACUAAAAUAGAACAUAACUUGAGGUUUGAAACUCAGUCACGUAGCUUCCCUCAGUCUACAGGACCUCUUCAACAAACCCAGCAAAAUCAGGUAAGACCCAAGCAAACCAAACCACAUAGCCCCAAUGGGUCAUCGGGGGAUACUAAUGGUAAUAAUAAUAGUCACUACCGGCCCCAGUAUAAUGGUAGGGGUCCCCCAAGAUACAGGCGCUGGAAUAACAGGCCCAGACAACAGACGGAGGGUAGGCCUGUACCCUUUCCCUCACCUAGAAGUCGGUCACCCACUUCUAACCAGAGUACCCUUCAAAAUCAAGGGAUACAAAAAUCAAAUGAUCGGGUUGAUAAAUUGGCAGAUCAGGUUGCUAAAUUAACGGAGAUGGUUAACAAACUGACCCAGGGAUCAACUGAAAGACAGAAGUCUUUUUUAGCAGCAGCUGCGGGCCCCAAGUCAGCUCCAUAA